UUGGAUAAAACUGGUGACCCUUGAGUAAAAAGUUAAAAAUUGGAAAUCCCUACACCACGCAGUUUAAAUCAGGAUGUUAGUCUACAAGCUAGGGACUUUACUGCUGGCUUUGACUGUUGGCACCAUCGCCAUUCAGCAACCAGCUGUGUCAACCUUCUCCGUACGACAGCUGUACAGCAGGCAAAGAGCACGUCUACAGCAGCAGGCAGAGAAUACCUGUUUUAGUGUUCAUGGACAUGGUUGCUGUCCAACUGGCAAUGACUGCUCUGUUACAAAUCCUCUUUCAAGUCCUUGCUUUUGUGACGUAGGCUGCCACAUUUAUGGAGACUGUUGCAAUGAUGCGAUCAGGAAUGGAUGCCCAGCAGCUGUGUUUGAGUUAGAGACUUUGCGUACAGGGAUGUGUGCUGAUCUUCCGUCCAUACUGAAUGGAGCAAUAGCGUACAACGACAACACUAUGCACCAGAAACCAGUCAAUACUGUAGCCACCUACAGCUGCAAUGCUGGACACACUCUCUACAAUGGUUCUACGACGAGAACUUGUCAAGACUCUGUUUGGACUGGGUCAUCUCCUACUUGUAAAGGAGUGUGUCAAGCUCUUCCACCAUUAGCCCAUGGGACGAUAAUGUACACAGAGAAUAGCAGGAGUAUUCGAACAGUAGCCAAAUAUAGCUGUGACCAAGGAUACCAACUUGCUGGUCUGGAAAAGAGAGUGUGCCAAGGAUCCAGUGGAUGGAGUGGAAUGAUACCACCGCAGUGUAAAGCUGUUACUUGCAUGGCAAAAUACCCUGGCACUGGAUGCACAACUGUCAUAAAUGCUGGAUUGCUUGGGAUUUAUCCAAAUCCACGCUGCUCAUGUCAUAUAAGCUGCUUCAGCAAUUCUGACACCACCUGCUGUGAGGAUAUUGGAUGUGUCCCUACCACUUGUGAUCAGGCUGGUAUGACUCAAGGCUGCUGCUCUUGGGACUCUCAAGGAGGCUGCUAUGUACCUGGUGGGAUGUGCUAUUGUGACUCAGAGUGCAAUACAGCUGGUGACUGUUGUAGCGAUGUGCCGUCAACGCCCACCUGUACUGCAUCUGUUGUUGGGCAAAGCCGUGUCCGAGGUCAGAGUGUCAGAACAUAUCCAUUUGGUCGAGCACAGCUGGCAAGAGGAGGACGUCGAACCCAAGCCUCAAUGGAGGACCAAGCAGCUAGGAAUCUGGCCAGUGUAUUGAUGUCCAUGUCUCAGGAAGCAGUUGAAAGCAAACAUCGCUGGGAGGUGAUGGCUGAUGAGCUUGAACACAUUCAGAAGAAGUUAAACUGAAGUAAACUAUAAAGUAGCUAGUGCAAAACAUGGCGAACAAUAACUGCAUGUAAUGUGUGUAGACAAACGCAUUUAGUACUGUGUUGUUUUUGGAAGUUUUUCCAAAUAUGAUGAAUGAUUACUAUAAUGAUUAGUUUCACUGUGUUAAUUCA